CAAGUUGGCGGCCCGAGUUAGCCGGCGGCUCCUCCCAGGCAAUUGUUCCUUGACACUGGAGUGGCCUAGCGGUAGAAAUAGUUCCUGUUUAUAUGAAUCAUCUCAGGGCUCCGUUGCCAGAGGGAGGCCAGGGCAGCUCGCGGGUGCAGGGUGGGCGUCUGCGGGAAUCGCUUGGCCCUCGACGGCACCUCGGGAGGAUGGCCCGGGCCGGGGCCCCACGCACACGGACGCCUCUUCUGGCCACCGGCCUGCUGCUCGCCGGCCUCUCAUUCUGCUCAGCGGCGGAUCCGUUUCGGCAGAAGGCGGAGGAGCUCAUGAACAAGACGCCUCUGGUCGACGGGCACAACGACCUGCCCUGGCAGCUGCUGAAGUUGUUCAACAACCAGCUCUCCCUGAAGAACGCCAGCCUGACGGAGCUGCAAGCCACACACACCAACAUCCCGAAGCUGCGUGCUGGGCACGUGGGGGCGCAGUUCUGGGCCGCCUACGUGCCCUGCGAGACCCAGAACAAGGAUGCAGUCCGGCGCACCUUGGAGCAGAUCGACGUCAUCCAGCGGAUGUGCCAGCGGUACCCGGACGUCUUUGAGUGCGUCACGGACAGCGCAGGCAUCGAGAGAGCCUUCCAGAGCGGCCACGUGGCCAGCCUGAUCGGCGUGGAGGGCGGCCACUCCAUCGACAGCAGCCUGGCCGUGCUGCGCACCUUGUACCUGCUGGGCGUGCGCUACAUGACCCUCACCCACAGCUGCAACACGCCCUGGGCUGAUAACUGGCUGGUGGACACGGAGGAGGAGCGGCCGGUGCACCAUGGCCUGUCGGAAUUUGGGAAGCGUGUGGUCCUGGAGAUGAACCGGCUGGGGAUGCUGGUCGACCUGUCCCACGUCUCGGUGGGCACGAUGAAGAUGGCGCUGAACAUCUCCAAAGCCCCCGUGAUAUUCAGCCACUCCUCGGCCUAUGCGCUCUGCCCCUCGCGGCGCAAUGUCCCGGACGACGUGCUCCUGCAAGUGAAUAAGACCCGCAGCCUCGUGAUGGUGAACUUCUACAACGACUACGUCUCCUGCGGCUCCGAGGCCAACCUGUCUCAGGUCGCAGACCACUUGGACUACGUAAAGCGCCUGGCUGGGCCAGAAGCCGUGGGCUUCGGGGGAGACUACGACGGCGUGACCAGGGUGCCGCAGGGGCUAGGGGACGUCUCCAAGUACCCGGACCUGGUGGGGGAGCUGCUGAGGAGGAACUGGACGGAGCAGGACGUGAAGCGCGCCCUGGCCGAGAACCUGCUGCGUGUGCUGAGGGAAGCGGAGAAGGUGCGGGACGACAUGGCCAAGAGCGCCGUCCCUCCCGACGACACGCCCAUCGCCUUCCAGGAGCUGGAGGGCGCCUGCCGGACCCGCUAUGGCUACCCCAGCGGUGGGGACCGCCCCUGGCUGCUGCCCGCGGUGCUCGCGUCCUCCCUCCUCCUCGUGGCACUCUGCUAGAAGCAUGCGCAGCUCUUCUUCUUCUUCUUCUUCUGGGAACCGGAGACGGACGCGCCAGCACCUCUCUGCCACCGAGACAUCGGGCCGGGCUGGGCCAAACCUCUUGCCUCCGGCACCAGGGCCUCAUUAAACGAAGCAUUUGCCCGCUG